AGACGAGGCGGAGGUCGGUCGCGUUUUGAUGACGUCUACUGUUUGUUUCCACGUCGCUCAUGAGUAAAGAUGGCGGAAGUGGAUGACUCUAACAAACCCCUGUUUGCAGGGCUUUCUGAUGUUUCCAUUUCAGAAGACAUCCCCGUUGAGGGGGAGAUCACUGUUCCUGUUGGCUCUUCAUCACAGGAUGAUGUCUACUCUACACUCGAUGAGCCUGUUAAGGAGACAAUCCUCAGGGAUUUGAAAGCAGUGGGAAAGAAGUUUGUUCAUGUAAUGUAUCCCAGAAAAAGCUCAGCAUUAUUACGAGAUUGGGAUUUGUGGGGUCCGCUACUCCUUUGUGUUACCUUGGCUCUCAUGUUGCAGGGAGGCUCUGCAGACAGUAAAGAUGAUGGCGGGCCACAGUUUGCGGAGGUCUUCGUGAUCAUCUGGUUUGGCUCAGUUGUUAUAACACUGAACUCCAAACUGCUUGGUGGUACCAUCUCGUUUUUCCAGAGCCUCUGUGUGCUGGGGUAUUGCAUCCUGCCCCUUACCGUGGCCAUGAUCGUGUGCAGACUGGUGCUGCUCGUAGGGUCUGGCACUGUCGGCUUCAUAGUCAGGCUCAUCAUGGUGGUCGCCUCGUUUAGCUGGUCCACGUUCGCCUCGACAGCCUUCUUGGCGGACAGCCAACCUCCAAACCGGAAAGCACUGGUGGUGUAUCCCAUUUUCCUCUUCUAUUUUGUCAUUGGUUGGAUGAUUCUUACAUUUUCGCCGUCUUCUUGAAGUGGGCCCUGAAGGUUUCUUCUAUUUAAACUUAAAAGCUGGACUCUUUUCUGUGCAGGAAGUUAAAAACAGCUGAACUCACUCUUUUUUUUUUUCUUAAUUGAGAGCAGAAGGUAUGUGACUGGUUGUAAAGCCAGAUUAAAAAGAAAAAAAGACUUGCAUGUCUCAGAUGUAUUAAGGGCAUAACUGAAUGCUUAUUGGUGGAUGUAUUAUGCUAAAGGUAUGACUGGGCGUGGUUUGUUCCUCCCAUUAAGUUAAUUAUGUUUUGUUGAAACACUACAAGUGCCAUUCUUGGUGUAAGGAACUUGGUUUGGAAUAAAGCUGAAAGGAGCUGUUUCUAAAAUUCAGAAUGCUUGAUUUAGCGCUAAAAUAAUUAAAUGUCAUUUUUUCCCCUUUCUGCAAAUUAAUUAAACAGAAAAAAGUGUAUAAACUCAGCACUGUCCUAUACUGUAUUCUGAGCUUUUCCAUUGCUGUUCUUAUCAGCUCACUGUGGAAACUGGUUUUUGUUCCAUUGAAGCAUAUAAUUAGUCUUGGUUUAGUUGUUGACAAAAUGGGUCGUUUUUCAAAAAGUAACCAACGACUCAAAUUUCAGUUCAUUUUUGGUUUAGCAAUUAGGAUUUGGAAUUUAUAAUCCAGGUUCAGUUUAUAUAUAUUUUUAUGCUUAUCAAAUGAAAGGAACAUAAGCCAGCUACUUUUAUGAUUAACCAUCAAAACAUGUGUCCUUCGCUUUCCAAGGACAGCAUGAUUAAAAAGUUUUACACUAUGUUCCUCUGCUGGCUAAAUUUGCGGUUAACAUGGUACCAGUUUCUCUGAAUUUGUUUUCAAUCAAGUCGUACUUUUAAGCAGUAGUUAAAAGGUUGGCUGAAUGAAAGGUCAGGAUACACAGUCAGCCGCCAGAGGCACCCCUGCAAAAAACCUUCACGAACGGCAGUUUGGCGCAGUUUGUUAACAGAUAUGUUGUUGUGUAGCACUGUCUGUCAUACUUUCCAUUCUGCAAGGAAUCCUGUUUUUUAUUAAAGUCAGUCCAUUCCUCUUUGCUUCGAAAUACUAUGUUAUUCCUAGACAAUUUACAAAUGAAUCCAGUGGUGAAGGCCUGAUAUAUUUAUGAAAAAUAUAUCUGAGAUUGUUUAUGUAUGUAACAUUUUUUGUAUAUAUAAUGAAGGUUACUUCUGUACAUAUGUGAUUAUGUUCUAUUUGAGGAGUAGUCUGUCAAAUGUAUAUUCAUGUUUAAUAUUUAUGAUUUCUUAAUCAUUACAGAAGUAUUUAUAUUUAGUUAUUAGCUGGUGUUGUUCAAUUUCCGACAAUGGGGAGUGGCGUAUUCCAAACUCUUGUUUAGCCCCUACAGGAAUUUAUAUUUAUAUAUAUAUAUGUAACACUUUUUUUCCUAGACAUCAGAAUUAAUUGAAUGCCCUUUGUGUAUUGUUCCCUGUUACCUUCAAGGUCACGGUAACCCAUGUUACUAUUAAAUUGCGCCCAGAUCCCUAAUUACACAUCUCUCAGAUUUUCUGUAAUUUUUCUGAAAUUUUAUGGUGAGGUAUCUUCACACUCUUUGAAUGAAAUGCGAAAAUAUAUUUGUGAGAAGCUGAUGGAGGUGAGCAAGUGAGUUCUUUUUGAAAGCCAUGCUCAAUAAAGCAAUGCCUUAA